AUGGAUCAAAGUUCGGCGACCACUUCGUACAUCUACCUGGAUCCCCCUACACCGUCUUAUCCAACUGAGCCUGUCAAAUGCAUCUGGCUACCUCGACACGAAGAAGCCAGUGUCUUUUUGGACAAGUAUAUUCGCGACAUUACCUACAUUCACCACGUCAUCCAUUCCGCGUCUCUUCGAAAGCUCAUGGAUGACAUUUACCAUGACCUUGACAUGCGCAGACCCCUUCAGCGUGGCCAUGUGGCCUUGUUGUUGAGCAUAAUCGCCAGUGCAACAUUCUUAUGGACGACUCGCGACAAUCCAGACCUGUAUCACUCGGUGGACGAUGCGAGAAAUCAAGCCGCCUCCUGGGUUACUGCAACACUGGACAUGCUAGACUACUCUCGGCGGACUACGAACGGUUCUAUCGAGGACGUUCAAGCACUGAUAAUUGUCUCAUUCCUCGUUUGCAAUAUGGAAGGCACGUCCAUUCGAUACUAUAACCUGGUAUCUACAGCUAUAACCACAGCACGGCAACUGUCUCUUCAUCGAAUUGACCACGUAUCGCGUCGCGCACCAGCUGACUCGAUUGAAGCUGAGGUCGGGCGAAGGGUCUGGUGGUACCUUGCUGCAUUGGAUUGGAUUCUCAGCAGGUUCGCGGGGCCCCAUGAAGGGAUCUGCACCAUACAACCACGGCAGAUGACGGUCAAGAAGCCACUUAACAUUCGCGACGAAGAUAUGGUGGACGGCGUUCCCCUGGUUGGGUUGGACCUCUCGCAACCGACCUCAAUGUCGUAUUUCUUGCAGAGAAUACGACUCGGAGAGCUCUGUUACGAGGUCAGCAAUAAUUCUACCGCAGAUCACGACAAUACCAAGCAGCUCGAUGCCCACUUUGAGAAGUUUCUCAGUGAAUUUCCCCCCUUCUUCAGGCUAGAUGGCAGGGAUCUAGCAAGCCCCGACAGAGCUUCGAAAGACCCUGCGAUCACUGUACAGACUUACAUUCUCGUCAAUAUGGUGCAGGCGCGACGCUGCAAGCUCCACCUCCCAAGCUUAUCGCGAAGCUCUGCCGAGCCGGGGCUGGCUAGAUCGCGGCAGAUUUGUCUCAAUGCCGCGCGACAGAUCAUUGCGGCUGAGCGACGCCUGGAGAAUGAAACAGACAUCCCUUUCGCCCUGAGCCGCUUCAGAUUCGGCGGAACACUAUACUGCCUCUUCCUGGCCAUCAUUGCUCUGUUGUUAGACGUCUGCCUGAACAGAGUCGCCGAGCCCGAGGACAGCCGCAGAACAGAACUGGCACAGGCAUUUCAGAUAUUGGAGCAAGCCAGAAGCCAGACGAAGAUGGCCACGACGUUGCUCGAAUCUCUUCACGGGCUGGUGUCCAAGUACAAGGUAUCGCUGCCCUCUGUAAGCCACGACGUCCUUACCAACGAGACCAUAAUGCCACUUGAUACAAUACCUGAUGCACUCGGCACAGGAAUGGGGAGCAACAGCGUCGAUCUGUCGAGCACGGAAUUACCUUUCUUCGACGACGUUUGGCAGACCUUUGAGGGUGGAAUGUUCCUGGACGAGAUCGACAUAGACAGCAUGUUUGCGGAGAUGAAUGCGUGUAUAUGA